AUGUCGGCGGCGCUCAAGACCGGCGCUGAUGCGCGGGCGAUGCGUACGACCAAAUUUCCACCCGAAUUCAGCCAGCGAGUUGACAUGACCAAGGUCCACCUGCCUGUCAUUAAGAAGUGGGUGUCAGACGAGAUCUCCAAGAUCCUCAACACCGACGACGACGUGGUCACCGAGAUGAUCAACGGCAUCCUCGAAGGCUCCAAGUUUGUGCGUUCCGCCGAGCUCACCACCUGCUCAUGUUACCGACUACUGACAUUGGUUUGCAGCCCAACAUCAAGCAGCUCCAGAACGACAUCACCGGCUUCCUCGACAAAGAUGCGCCAACAUUCUGUCUCGAGCUGUGGAAGUUAUGCUUAAGCGCGCAGGCGAACCCGAACGGCAUCCCCAAAGAACUACUCGAAGCGAAGAAGAAUGAGCUGGCACAAGACAAGGUCCGUCUGCACACUGAUCUGCACGGCUUUGCGGACAUAUGACUGACACAUGGCGUAGGCUGCUGAAGAGAGAGCUCGUGAGGAGGCAAUGAGGCGACAGGAAGAGGAGAGACAGCGCGAUCGGGACCUAGCACGCAUCCGUGAUCGCGAGCGUGGUCAGCGUAGGAAUGGCAGAGGCAGCUGGCGAGGUCGUGAUCGUGACCGUGAUCGUGACCGCGAUCGUGAACGCGAUCGCUCCUACGACCGUCGGCCCCCAUCGAGGGAAUACUCCAGAUCCAGAUCCCCUCCAAGACGUCGGGACAAUCGGCGUGGAACAGACAGCUACGUUCCCGGAGGCCGUGGUCGCCGAGAUGAGUACGCUGCUCGACGCCGGCGCUCACCAUCACACGGCAGAUCUCGCUCGCCUUCGCGCUCGCGCACCCCGCCACGCCGCAGACGCCGCAACACCUCGUCCGAGCCCUCCAAAUCUCCUCGGCGACGCAGAAGCUCUCCGGGAGACCGUGACCUGA